AUGUCUCGUUAUUUCUUACCUCCAGUGAACCGUGCUAUGACCACACUGGAUCGUUCCUUCUUCCAAAACACCGUUAAAAUUACAGCAGCGCAUGUAUUCGACCCAAAGAAUGUUGGACGGGUACAGAAAGAAUGCGUUGAGGAUAUAUUUAAGGGAUCCCGUUCGGUCAAGAGCGUCGUCUCAGAGGUAGAUUCUGAUGGGAAAAGGAGGAUGUUGGUCAGAUUAAAGCCAGACGUGAAGCAUAACGACCUGUCGACAGUUGGUGAGAGCACCAGAAAUCUUGUCAAAAGCCAAAUUUUAGAAUUGAUCCCACACGACCUGCAUCUCAAAUAUGAGAAUUGGGGAUAUAACGAGAUAGUAGAAGCAAUUCUCCCAGAGGAACUUGUCAAUGACUGCCCUUCUAGCUCCACUAGAGUCGCACAUAUUGUACAGUUGAAUCUUCAGAACAAGUUUCUUCCUUAUAAACACAUGCUCGGCGCCAUAAUUCUCGACAAGAAUCCAGAAGUGAGGACUGUCGUCAACAAGAUUGAGGCGGUUGGGUCUUGGUCUGAGUUUCGAACAUUUCCAAUGGAACUUCUCGCUGGGUCCCCCGAUACACAGGUUGUCGUUAACGAAUGGAACUGUGAAUUCCACUUCGAUUUUGCAAAGGUCUAUUGGAAUUCCAGAUUGGCAAAUGAGCAUCAACGUAUUGUUCACAUGUUCAAACCAGGUGAAGCAGUUGCGGAUGUCAUGGCUGGAGUAGGGCCUUUUGCGAUCCCGGCAGCAAAGAAUCGGAUACUCGUUUGGGCGAACGAUUUCAAUCCCGAUGCGUUUGAGAGCCUGAAAAAAAAUAUAAUGAUAAAUAAGGUUCAUGGAGUUGUUCAGCCUUUUAAGCUUGAGGCUACUGAAUUCAUCCGCACCUCUGUUCGCAACCUCUAUAAGCUCUCCCGAUCUCCUUCGGCGAUCAGAAAUCCAAUUAAAGUCUAUAGUCACCAGUAUUCCGAAGGAGUGCAGGAAAUUCUCAGGAGAGCGGGUAAAACCGAGGAGGAAAUCAACCCCCCGCCUGUUUAUCUCAGAAUCCCUCCAUUCUUCUCCCACUUUGUUAUGAACAAUCCAGCUACAGCUACCUCCUCUCUCGAAGGUUUCAUCGGCGCUUACAAUGGGCUUGAGAACCAGUUCUUUGACGCCGAAAACCUGCCUAAGAGGGAGUUCCCACUGGUGCAUCUGUAUAUUUUCCAGAAGGCUGGACCAAUGUACAAUACGAAACGUCACAUCUGUAGGGCGAUUAGUCGAGGUUUAAGAUACAAGGUUAGGCCUGAGGAUCUGGAACAUCUAGAGUUGGUGAAAAUGGUUGGGCCGGAGAAAGGUUAUUAUUGCGCUAGCUUUAGGUUGCCAGCAGAGGUCAUGUUUGCUGAUGUGCCGCCACCGAGGGAUAGGGGAAAGGAGGAUUUGAAUGUUAGGAAUUGGUUGAAAUGGAGUGAAUAUGAUGAUAUUCCACCCCCGGUAGAGGUAUAG